AGGAGAGCCGCGGGAGAGCCGCGGGAGAGCCGCGGGAGAGCCGCAGACCCGCAGACCCGGGGGACCGGCUCAGGACCGCCCCGCAGAGACGGACGGGCGGGCGGGAGCGGCGCGGGCCGAGCGGGCUCCAGGCGGAGCCCCGGGAAGGGCGCUGCUUCUCCACCGGACGCGGGAUCGUGCAGCGGGAGACGCGGGCCUAACAGUUUCGCCGGAACCGAUGAAUCAGAAGGAAGCGAUGCCUGGGCUUUGUUUCAUGGACACUAGAGGAGAGGUAGAGACGGAAGGAACCCACACAGACCGCUGAACGAGCCUGGCGAGCGCCCCGUGGCUCCAUCCGCGCCGGGUGCCCGGACGGUCUGAAGCAUUCGCUGACUUACGUGCUCUGCAACUGCGAGGACUGCCCUAAUUAUUGUCUUCGGGCUCACGCACAGUGAUUGCACCUAAAGGGACACGGAAAAGUUGCUACAAGUUAGGAACGUGAACUUGCAAGCCAAAUAAACAAACCAUGGGACCAUCAUCUUUACUACAGAGGAUGGGAAGUUGAUGGCCAGUAAGAUUGAAGAUCCAUUCCGUUCCUAGACACCCCUGCCCGCAUCACAGAACUGCGGAUUGCCUGCCGUUCCCUGGUGGUUGCACACCUUCACUCACUCCUGCAAUCCCAGAACUGUUACUUUGGGUCCUCUUUGCCCUAUCUGUUGAAACAUGGCAUCCAGCCUGACUUGUACCGGGGUGAUCUGGGCUUUGCUCUCCUUUCUUUGUGCUGCCACCUCCUGUGUGGGGUUCUUUAUGCCUUACUGGCUCUGGGGAUCACAGCUGGGCAAGUCUGUGUCCUUUGGUACUUUCCGGAGGUGCUCCUACCCUGUGCAUGAUGAGAGCCGGCAGAUGAUGGUGAUGGUAGAGGAAUGUGGGCGCUAUGCCUCCUUCCAGGGCAUCCCCAGUGCAGAAUGGAGGAUCUGUACCAUCGUGACAGGCCUGGGCUGUGGCCUCCUCCUCUUGGUGGCUCUCACUGCCCUCAUGGCUUGCUGUGUGUCGGAGCUCAUCUCGAGGACCGUGGGAAGAGUGGCUGGAGGAAUUCAGUUUCUGGGGGGAGUCCACAUUUCCCAGAACUCUUGGCACCUGGCGUCUGGAUCAUUUCAGCCAAUGGGAAGCCCUUUUGGAAGACAGGAAGCAGAGAGAAGCCAGGGCCUGCUGAUCGGCGCUGGCUGUGCCCUCUACCCCUUGGGCUGGGACAGUGAGGAGGUCCGGCAGACUUGUGGCUACGUCUCUGGCCAGUUUGACCUGGGUAAGUGUGAGAUUGGCUGGGCCUACUAUUGCACGGGAGCAGGUGCUGCCACCGCCAUGCUGCUGUGCACAUGGCUGGCUUGCUUCUCAGGCAAGAAACAGAAGCAGUACCCAUACUGAGAUGGAGCCACCAAGAGUAAACAGAGGAGAAGAUAAACCGAAGGGGUCUGGAGAGAACGAACAUCCAGCUACUUUAAAAGGUGGAAUAGUGGUUCUCUAAUCCAUACAGUGCAAAUGAAAUGAAACCCAGUGGUAUGAUAAACAUUAUGUAAUGUCAGAGGGUUAUGCAAGAUUUACAAAAGAAAUAGCGAACAUGGAAAAAUAGAGAAAAAUGGACCAAAGGCUAAAAAUAUUGCAGGGUGUUGAGUAUUUCUAUUCCACAGAGUAUUGUUAAUGUAGAUCACAUACACACACAGAACAAACCUAUAUAUGCAAACAAAAGCUUUGUUGUUUUUUUUUUUUAAAGACGAGGACUCAGAAAAUUAAAAGGGCUAGUAGAAACAGUAUUAUGUUGGGAAGCAGGGUAACCCACAGAUGUUCCCUGUAGGUCAUGGCACUUCUGAAAGCACAUAGAGUCGAGUCAUGCGCAUCCACACACAUGCCCACACACAAACAUAGACAUUGUUGCACAGAUUGUAUGGGAGGUUCAGCAAUGCAUUACUCCUCUGUUUUCUUUUUAAUGUACACUUAAAAUACAGUAUUAUCACUUUAUAAAGCAUACAUUAAACCUAAUAAAUGGACCAAUAAGCCACUCUAUCAGUAUUUUGUAUAUCCUGCAUAUGCAGACAUAUAGAGUUAAGCCUUUGUAUUUCAAUAUUAUUCAAAAAUAUUCAAGAUCUCUUUGAGUAGCUUCUGCUAUGAUAUUCUUAUGAAGUAAAGAGGCAACUUCCUAUCCACUGUAGGAGAGAAUUCAGUUGAAGGAGUGAGAGUAAUGAGAGACAUUUUCCAUUCAUUAGAUCUUGCUUUCUUUUGUUCAUUAUUGUACUGUGCUGUACCACAUUUAUUUCAAUAUUCAUUUUGUAUUAAAAAAUUUUAAAGUGCUAUUUUUUUUUGUUUGUAUUUGAAAAACUCUGUGAAUAAAUUCUCUUUGAUCAAUAAACGAGCCAUGAAGUGUUAA